UCCUUGUAUCCUCCAUCUAACGUAACGUCAGUGACAUUUGUCGGAGGAACCGAUUCCGUUCCUCCAUUUGGCAACCUCCAAAGCUCAUCACCGCGCCGCACCACGGCAUCCAAUGCUUUCCCUCCCUGCCUCCCUCCUUAAUGCCCCUCGCUAAUUACUCCCGCCACCACUAAACCCCCUUCCUAACCCUGCCGCAAUCAUAGUCCCCAGGGGUUUAAAGCCCAGAGCUCGCCGCUUGGAGAAGCAGCCGCAGGAGGGUAAGGAGGAGAGACCUCGUCGUCGUUGGCGGCGGCGAGAUGGACCUCGCAUCGCUCCUGACGUCGCUGGUGACGUCGUUCGUGAUCUUCCUCGUGCUGGUGCUGGUGUUCACCUGGCUGUCGCGCUGCCCCGGGAACGCGCCGGUGUACUACCCGAGCCUCCUGCUCCGGGGGCUCGACCCGUGGGAGGGGCGGCGGCGCGGGACCCGGAGCCCCGUGGGGUGGGUCCGCGACGCGGUCACCGCGUCCGAGGCCGACGUCGUUGCUGCCGGAGGGGUCGACGCCGCCGUCUACCUCGUCUUCCUCUCCUCCGUGUUGUCCAUCUUGGUGUACUCUGGGAUCGUGCUGCUUCCGGUUCUCCUCCCGGUUGCUGGAACUGAUCAUGCCCUGGAAACUGCUGCUGGCUUACCCAAAAACGAAUCAGCUCAGGACUUCUCGCCGAUUGAAAGACUAGCAAUGGGCAAUGUUCAACAAGGAAGUAUGAGGCUGUGGGCAUUUCUGUUAUCAGUCUAUUGGGUUUCCUUUGUCACCUAUUUCGUACUAUGGAAAUCCUACAAGCAUGUGUCGAAUUUGAGAGCUACUGUAAGAUCAACACCAGAUGUUAAACCCGAGGAGUUUGCGGUGUUGGUGAGAGAUGUCCCUAGUCCGCCUCCAGAUCAAACUAUAAAGGAUUCUGUAGACUCAUAUUUCCGAGCACUUCACCCUAACACCUUCUACAAAUCAAUGGUUGUGACAGAUCACACAAAGGCUGAUAAAAUUUACCAAGAGAUUGAAGGUCACAAAAAGAAAAUUGCUCGGGCUGAAGUUGUCUAUGCAGAGUCGAAAACAGCAAACAAACCUGAGGGCACUAAGCCUACUCAUAGGACUGGAUUCCUUGGUCUUAUUGGUAAAAAGGUUGACACAAUUGAAUACUGUAGUGAGCAGAUUAAGGAAUUACUGCCCAAACUGGAGGCCGAACAGAAGAUUACCCUUCGUGAGAAACAGCAGCGGGCUGCUAUUGUCUUCUUCAAUAGAAGAUCUGCCGCAGCUUCUGCAUCUCAGACUCUCCAUGCUCAGGUGUUUGAUAAGUGGAGAGUUAUGGAAGCUCCUGAACCACGUCAGAUAAUAUGGCCCAAUCUUCCGAUGAAAAUAUAUGACAGGCAAAUCAGACAGGCUGUGGUCUAUUUCAUUGCCUUUCUCAUUGUGCUUUUCUAUAUUAUUCCUAUUACCGCUAUCUCUGCUGUUACGACUCUGGAAAACCUGAGGGAGAAGCUGCCCUUUCUGAAGGUGUUGGUGGACCAAAAAGAAAUCAAGACUGUCUUGGAGGCUUACCUGCCACAGAUUGCACUCAUUGUGUUCCUCGCCUUGCUGCCUACUCUUCUUAUGUUUCUCUCAAAAUCAGAGGGGAUCCCUUCGCAGAGCCAUGUAGUUAGGGCGGCAUCGGGAAAAUAUUUCUACUUCAUUGUCUUCAACGUCUUCCUUGGCUAUACAAUUGGAAACACAUUGCUCAGCUCUUUGACAACCAUUAUCAAUCACCCUGCUGAGAUUGUGGAUAUGCUUGCCAAGAGCCUGCCUAAAAGUGCAACAUUCUUCCUCACAUUCGUUGCACUGAAAUUCUUUGUUGGAUAUGGGCUUGAGCUCUCUCGCUUGGUUCCUCUCAUCAUUUUCCACCUGAAAAGGAAGUACCUAUGCAAGACUGAGGAUGAAGUGAAAGCUGCAUGGGCUCCAGGAGACCUGGGAUAUAACACCAGGGUUCCAAAUGACAUGCUCAUCGCAACAGUUGUGUUUUGCUACUCGGUCAUUGCACCUUUGAUUAUUCCAUUCGGCGUUGCAUACUUUGCUCUUGGAUGGCUUAUAGCGAAAAAUCAGAUUAUGAGAGUUUAUGUUCCUAGCUACGAGAGCAACGGGCGAAUGUGGCCACACAUGCACACAAGGAUCGUGGGAGCUCUGCUGGUUUACCAGAUCACCAUGAUCGGCGUCAUCCCCCUGAAAAAGUUCUAUUAUGCGCCUAUCCUUGUGCCCCUCAUCCCAAUGAGCUUCAUCUUCGCCUACAUCUGUCAGAUGCGCUUUUACCCUGCAUUCGCCAAGACUCCUCUAGAGGUGACGCAGCAUGAGCUGAAGGAAAUGCCGAACAUGGAUACCAUCUACAGCGCAUACAUUCCUCCUUGCUUGAAGCCCGAUAAGCUCGAGGAUUUGGGUGUCUUUGAAGAUGCUCAGUCGCACGCCACCUCCAGAACCCCGUCCAUUUAGUCCCGGAUUCCCAUCCAUCGCAAAAGCACCGAAGAUCUCUGUACACUUAUUGUCUAAUUCAUGCAGAAUUUCCGAUGAAUUUCCACGCUUCCACGUGAACCCUCUGAAGUUGAUGUGUUUCAGGAUAGGAAACCGACGUGAAAUGUACAUACAUACUCGCCCUAUUGCCUGCUGAACAUGUGUGAUUUAUUUUAGGUAGCUGCUGUGGAUAUUUGGGUCUUUUAAGUUUCUCUUGGUUGUUAUCCAUGUGUGUGUGAUUAAUGUAGACUCUAUGUGAAUCUGUGAGUCAGUUUGCUUGAUGCUCUGUAACUCCAUUUAACAAAACCACUCCUCUGUUAUUGUUGUCUGUUGCUGAAA